GGGGGGGGCAUGGCGGAGGCUCUGCAGAAGAAGCUCCAGGGUGAGCUGGAGAAGUAUCAGCAGCUGCAGAAAGACCUCAGCAAGUGCAUGACCUCCCGGCAAAAGCUGGAAGCUCAGCUGACGGAGAACAACAUUGUGAAGGAGGAACUGGACCUCCUGGACUCCUCCAACUCCGUCUACAAGCUGAUUGGGCCCGUGCUGGUGAAGCAGGACACGGAAGAGGCGAAGGCCACGGUGGGGAAGAGGCUGGACUACAUCACGGGGGAAAUCAAGCGGUACGAGGCCCAGAUGCAGGACUACGAGAAGAAGUCGGAGCAGCAGCGGGAGGGCCUGGCGCGGCUCCAGCAGGAGUUCCAGAAGACCCAGGCCAAGGGGGCCGUCAAGGCCUGAGCUGCGCGUCCGGAUCCCCCCCCCCCAGGACUGUGCCAAGUGGGGAGACGGGGGUGUGUGUGCGUGGAGCUUGUCCGUUCCCCUGUAGAUGUCAGUAUGCUGUUUUGUCUGAAAUAAAAGUUGGGUCAGUUCUCUCA